CACAGCCACGUGUCGGCCCUCCUAUCUGGCCCCUCCCCCUCCCCACGCCGGCUCCUGCCUCUGUGGCUCCUGGCUCCUCUGGACCACAUGGGCUCCCUGCGACCCCCAGGCCCUGGCCCUGACCGUUCCGUGUGCCUGGACCCGGUCCCCUCCGGAGACCCGGGGUUACUCCUGCACACACAGCUGUUGCCCGUCCUAAGCGAUGAUGUUGAUAUGAUGAUGAUGGUGACACUGCUCUCAGCGGGGCCUGAUGCGCACGAGUGUUCUACUUCUUUCACUCUUUUGCCUAAACUCUCCGACCCAGGCUGCGGGGUCCCCGCCAUCCAACCCGUGCUGACCGGCCUGGCCAGGAUCGUCAAUGGUGAGAAUGCCGUCCCCGGGUCCUGGCCCUGGCAGGUGUCCCUGCAGGACAAGACCGGCUUCCACUUCUGCGGGGGCUCCCUCAUCAGCGAGAACUGGGUGGUCACCGCCGCCCACUGCGGGGUCAGUACCUCCCACUUGGUCGUGGCCGGGGAGUUUGACCGGGGCUCCAGCCAGGAGAAGGUGCAGGUGCUGAAGAUCGCCAAGGUGUUCAAGAACCCCAAGUACAACGCGGCCACCAUCAACAACGACAUCACCCUGCUGAAGCUGGCCUCAUCCGCCCGCUUCUCCACCACCGUGUCGGCCGUGUGCCUGCCCAGCGCCAGCGACAACUUCCCCGCGGGGACACUGUGUGCCACCACGGGCUGGGGCCUGACCAAGCACACCAACGCCAACACGCCCAACAAGCUGCAGCAGGCGACCCUGCCACUCUUGUCCAACACCCAGUGCAGGAAGUACUGGGGCACCCAGAUCACCGACCUGAUGGUCUGCGCCGGCGCCAGCGGUGUCUCCUCCUGCAUGGGCGACUCUGGAGGCCCCCUGGUCUGCCAGAAGAACGGAGCCUGGACCCUGGUGGGCAUCGUGUCCUGGGGCAGCGACACCUGCUCCACCUCCAGCCCCGGCGUGUACGCCCGCGUCACCAAGCUUGUCUCCUGGGUGCAGGAGAUCCUGGCGGCCAACUGAGCCCGCAGCCGCACCUCACCCCGGACACCACACGAGGUAAAAUAAACAUUGG